UCUUUCUCUCUCUGUCUCUCUCUCUCUCUGUCCGUCUCUAUUUCAGUGGAACCUUUCAGAUGUAGGUGUGUUGUUUUCCUACUAUGUGGCAUUUGAUUUGUUUGCUAAGUUUUUAUUUCUUUGUUUGCAAAGUGACAGGAUGACCGCCAUUAUUUCCUGCAGUAACGAGUUCAACAAGAAUAACCAAUGAUGAUGACAAACUCCAAUAAACCAUUGUAUUUGGCAAAGACAGCUGCUUUUGGGCUUAUCUGCUGUAUUCUUUGUUUUUUUUUUUACUUUGAGCAGCAGACUCCUGACUGUAAAUCCACAUUCGUCAAAAAGGACGAUGAAGCUGAAUUCACAGAUCCACCAGAAAAGCCAACUGUUCUGAUUUGGUGGUGGCCUCUUGGUGUGAAGUUUGAUUUUAAAAUUUGUUCGACCUACUUCCACAUCGACAGCUGCAUUCUGACAGAUAACAGAUCCCUGUACCACAAAGCGGCAGGGGUCAUUUUCUAUCACAAACAUAUAGGCUGGGAUUUGAAAAACUUGCCUCAGGAUCCGCGUCCAUCUUUCCAGAAGUGGAUUUGGUAUAACGUGGAAUCGCCAAAGAACACGGCGAGAAAGCCAGUGGAUAACAUUUUCAACUUAACUCUAAGCUACACAAGGGACGCCGACAUCACGGUGAGGAACGAACUGACAGUCAGGCAAUCAGAGACAAAUGAAACCUUUGUUCUGCCUAAAAAAGACAAACUGGUGUGUUGGAUUGUGAGUAAUAAAGCUCAUUUUACUGGGACGGCUACAAGAGAAAACUACUACCAUGAACUGUCCAAACAUGUUAAAGUUACGGUCUAUGGCGCUGCUUUUGGAGGGGGGUUUUUGAGUUAUGAUCACUAUUACUUGACCAUUGCUUCCUGUAAGUUUUACCUCUCGUUUGAGAACUCGCUGCACAAAGACUACAUCACAGAGAAGAUCAACGGACCGCUAGUAGCAGGGACAGUACCUGUAGUUUUGGGGCCACCAAGAGAAAACUAUGAGCAGUUCUACCCCUCUGAUUCAUUCAUUCAUGUAAAUGAUUUCCCUGAUGCAAAGUCACUGGCAGAUUAUCUGAUCCAUUUGGACAAGAACAACGAGAUGUACAUGAGCUACUCUGAAUGGAGGAAAUACUACACAGCCACCCCUCAUCUCCUGUCAACACAAAAUGAGUUCAUUCAUCCCAUCUGCCUCGCCUGUGACCAUAUAGCACGGGACCCCACAGUCCAUGUAGUUCAGGAGCUAAAUAGGUGGUAUUUUUCAUGAUACAUUAAAAAAAAAAAAAAAAUACAACAUGGAUUUCCAUCUUGUUUAAAUGGAUCUGUCCCCUAUUAAAACAGCAGUGGGUAGCAUAUACGUA